AUGGCAAACUCUUCGCAAGGUUUGAUCAUGGAGGAAAGAGAAGAGCUAAUGGUCUCACCCACGGGUGGAAAACCAACUCUUAGAACUGCCCAUUUCCUAAACCCCUCAAUUACCUCCAUUCAUAACCCCCUCCCCCUACUUCCUCGCCAAAACACGGCCACCGGCGGCCGGGAACGGCCGCCCAAGCUCACCUUCCGUGGGUGGAAGAAUAGCGCACUCAAGGAUUGGGGAAAAUGGGUCGAAGAAAUGCGAUAUUUGCACGAAUCCGCGUGGAAGAAAGCCGGAAUCUAUGACGCGGUGAUGAAUUCGACGUAUAUAAUCCUCCGGAACGACGCUCUUAUUCUUGGCCUCGCCGGAAAAUGGAGCCCGGAGACUAAAACGUUUUUGUUUCCAUGGGGAGAAGCUACUCUCACAUUGGAGGACAUGAUUGUGCUGGGAGGUUUCUCUGUUUUGGGUGAUUGUGUUGACCCGGAUUUAAGCCCUUUAGGGGAUAGAGAAUGGGUAGAGAUCAAACGUAAAUUGCUCAAAGCAAGAUCAGAGAUAUACAAAACUUGUUCUAAGAAAGUCACCCAUGGUUCUUGGAUUGCUAAGUUCAUUGGCAGUGGGAGUGAAGUUGAGCAUGAAGCUUUCCUAGUUCUAUGGUUAGAAAAGUUUGUUUUCCCCAAUGAAACCAUAGGCACAAAGGUUUUGGACAUUGCGAUCUGGUUGAGCAGAGGAAAUAGAAUUGCCCUCGGGCCUGCUGUUUUGUCCAGCAUUUAUCAGAAUCUGGGAUUAAUGAGGGAAGUCAAUCAAGUCAUGAUUUCAGCCCCGUUUCAACUCGUGCAAGUAUGGGCAUGGGAGAGGUUUCCAUCUUUACGGCCAAAUCCCAAUUCUGUUCUUGGACAUGAUAAGCCAAGAUUCGCGAGAUGGGAUGAGGUGAAAAUGGAGGCUAAGGACGUCGUGUUGGCUAUAGAUUCUGCUCGGGAUGAUUUCUGUUGGCGGCCAUAUACCUUGGGGGCGGGGGCCAAAAGCUCGAGACUUUACAAGGAACAAGAAUGCUGGAUAUCGGUUGGGGAUGAUGGUUUGGACGAAGAGUUAGAGGCACUUGUGAGGUGCUUGAGAGCAAGCGAGCUCGUGGGGAUGGAGAAUUGUAUAGAGCAGUACCUCCCACACCGCGUGGCAAUGCAGUUUGGCAUGGAUCAGGACGUUCCAGGGCACGUAGGGCGGGCUGACAGAUCCUCCGAAACUGCUUGGGAGUUUUACACGAGGCCAGUCUUGGACACUAAACUGUACUUGCCACCGCGGUUGUUUGAGUCAGACGUUACCUUUCGGUACCUGCAGUGGCGGGAGGAAUCAGCCCCGAAAAGGGUUGGCGUUAAGGCUGUUGUUAAGAGGAAAAGCUGCAAGAUUUCGGAUGGGAAAGUGUUGAAAUCAGAAGAUGAUGAUCCAAUUGAAGCAGAUGACCACAUCACUCUAGCUCAACUUGUAUCAAAUCCUGGAAAAACUAGCAUCCAUAUUGAGCCUGCAGAGAAGCAGCCAGAAGAACAACAAGAAGGAGAUGUAUCUAAAGGUAUAGCUGAAGAUGUAAAUAGGUGCAAUGUGAAAAAUGGCAGAAGCAAAGAUCUGGUGCAUAUAUCAAAGGUUCAAGAAAAGGGGCAACUUGAAGAUGAAGAUGAAGAUGAUCUAUCUGGGAAUAGACCUACUGGUUUUGACAGCAGAGAUUGUAGUGUAGGUACCUCCAAGAUUCCUGGGAUGGAUCUUGAGAAGAGGAUUAGGAAUCUUGAGAAUUGGCUUGCUUUAAUACGAAGGAAAAUUUGA